AUGCUGCAACAGUUUAUGUUCAGGUCGUUUUGCGGAUGCGCCGUGAAAAACCAGUUAAUCGGCUUGUUCUUAUGCCUAAGCCGACAGCGGAUUGCGUUGGACGCCAAGGUGGCGGAGGCGUGCAACUACUUCCGAAUCUUCAUGCGUCGUACCCAACUCAGCGUAUUUCGCCUGUGGAGUCAAAAGGAAGAAAAGCCCGAACUCUGUUCGUGCAAAAGAGUAGAUCGCCUGUUCAGUUUCGCUCAAUAA